CUCUAGUUCCGUUAGCGGCCGUUGAUCCAACGCCUCCUUGUUCGAGGAGACUCGAGGCCGCCGCGACCACGGAGCGACCUGCGCGACCCCCGGUCCCCCUGUCUGCAGCAGCCCAACCCGGCCACCGGUAGCAAGCUCAGCCCUUUGUUGUAGUCGGAGCUCCCGCGUUGUCUCCCGUCGGCUUUUAUUCAACCGUGCUGCGUGUAGAGUCCCCACCAUGGCGGCGAGCGCGAAGAGAAAACAGGAGGAGAAACACCUGAAGAUGCUGCGAGAGAUGACGAGUUUGCCCCCCAACAGAAAGUGCUUCGACUGCUACCAGCGCGGCCCGACCUACGCCAACAUGACCGUGGGCUCCUUCGUGUGCACCUCCUGCUCCGGCAUCCUACGAGGACUGAAUCCACCCCACAGAGUCAAGUCCAUCUCCAUGACGACCUUCACGCAACAGGAAAUCGAGUUCCUACAAAAACAUGGGAAUGAGGGAUGUAAACAGAUCUGGCUCGGCCUUUUCGAUGACAGAAUCUCCUCAGUACCAGACUUCAGAGAACCACCGAAAGUCAAGGAGUUCCUUCAAGACAAAUACGAGAAGAAGCGAUGGUACGUAUCUGCUGAUCAAGCCAAAGUAGUGGCAUCAGUCCAUGCUUCCAUCUCUGGAUCGUCAAACAGCAGCACCAGCAGCACCCCAGAGGUUAGACCACUCAAGUCCCUGCUUGGGGAGUCUGCCCCCUCCCUACACCUCAACAAGAACACCCCACCAAAUCAGUCUCCAGUGGUGAGCCGUGGACAAAUCCAUCAGCAGCAGUUCCAUGACAAGAAGUUUGACCUUCUCAGUGACUUGGGUGGAGACAUCUUCGCUGCCCCGCCUAAUAUGAACGCAGGCGCCAGCUCCAGUUUUGCUAACUUUGCACAAUUCAACAGCCACACAAAAGCACAAAAUGCCAACGCAAAUGUCGACUUUGCAAAUUUUGACGCAUUUGGGAGCACUUCUGCGACAUCAGGUGGUUUCCCCUCCGCACCUCAAGCCCCAUUCCAACCCUCAAAUACAGCAUUCACUGUGCUCUCAUCCAGCCGCAGUAUGGGUGAGUUUGCCACUGCUCUGCCUCUCCAGGGUGCACACAGUAGUGCCUCAGGGGGACUAGCAAAUGCCAAUUUUGCUAAAUUUGACAACUUCCACAAUUCGUGUAGUGCUGACUUUGGAGCCUUCAGUUCCUCUUCCCAGAGUAACUCACCAGGAGCUGGCAAAGAUGCUGUACAGAGUACUAGCCUCCCUGCUGAUAGAUACGCAGUCCUGGCUGACCUGGAUAACGUGUUUAGCUCUGCCAAAACAGAGCAAGGGGGUAUUCCGGUAGUGGCAAGCUCAGCCACAGCAGCUGGAGUGGGUGGUUUUCCUCAGAAGCAGCCAGCGGUGCCAACAGGGGGGGAUCGCUAUGCUGCUCUCGCUGAGCUUGAUACAGUCUUCGGUUCCCCAGCCCCUACCACCAGUGUUUACAACACCACCACUGCACAUGGGAGUGUGUUUGGCUCAGAGACUGGGGUGUCAACAGCACAAGCACAGCAGGCUCUGCCUGGCAUGGCUCACGGUUUCGGUGCACCUCCGUCAACUAAUCCGUUCGUGGCUCCUGGAGUGGCCCCUGCGGCACCUCCCACCAAUCCGUUCCAGAGCAACGGCAGAGUGGCUCAUGUGGCAGCAGCAGCAGCAUCAUUCGGCACAGGCUCCAUGAGUAUGCCUUCUGGAUUUGGUAAUAGUGCUGGCUUCAACCUUCCCACCAGCUUUAGUGGAACUUUCCAGCAACAAUUUCCUGGGCAGGCUCCUUUCCCUCAGCCUCCUGCAUAUCCCCAACAACCCAACGGUGGAGGAUAUCCAGCCUUUGGCCAGGCCAAGCCUGUUGUGACUCCUUUCGGCCAGGCAAUGGCUGGGCCUAUGCUCUCAAGCAACCCUUUCCUGGGUGCGGCUCCACCUGCACAGUAUCCGACAGGAGGCUCCUCUACAAAUCCCUUCUUAUAGCGGUUCAUUCAAUCAGCUGCACUACAGGGUCAACAACUGGCGCGCUUGCACCUAUUGCACUGUUUUGUUUCACAAGUAGCUUUAAAAACACAAUGUUUGUAAGGAUUUGUAUUUUCUAUCGCAGUUUGUCCCUGAUGGAAUGAAACGACAGACAGUAGUGCCGCCGCCGUCUACGGCUACAACACAAUUGAUGGUGUGUGCAGAGGGAGAGGUUGAUCCCCUCGUCUCUAUUUAACCGGUGAACUGAACUGGCCUCCACUGAGCCACAAUGUAUAAUCAAACUGGCUGAAAACUAAGUUAUUGCAUUCAAUAUAUUUCAUUUGUUAUGCUGCAUUUCUGUACAUAUUGUUUUCUUUUAAGAAAUUAGCUCUUUUUGCAUAUCAGUAUUUGUAUCUAACACAAGAUUUGUGAAGACGGAGCUGUUGCUUGGAAAGGCUGAUGGGUACUGCCAGUUACCGUCAUUUGUAAAGAGCCUGUCUAUUUACGCAGGAUUCCUUUUAAGGUAAACUGUUCUCACUUAAGAAAAAAAGAAUGCAUAUUCUGCUGUUGAGAUAAGGGGGGGAAGAAAGUGAAUGUUGCAUCAUGGAUGAGUAGGGGACUUAUUUCUCUGCCAUCUCCUGCCCUGCUGACCCAGGUCCUAAUACUGUUGUGAACCACAUCCAUGUGUGAGUAAUGAACUGAAAACCACUUACGUUGGGUAUGAGCAGAUUUUAAGUUAAUAUGUAAAUAUAUACAGUAUAUAUAUAUUAAAAUGAAUUUUAAGUAAGAAGAAAUGACCAAACCAUUCAUUUAUAUGGAUUGUAUGGAAAUCUUGUAUAUUUGUUUUGUAUAAAGAAAAGAUCUAUA